AUGGUGAAGUUCAUCAAGCCGAACAAGGCGGUGGUAGUCCUCCAGGGCCGCCACGCUGGCCACAAGGCGGCGAUCCUCAGGAACUUCGACGACGGCACCUGCGACCGUCCCUACGGCCACUGCCUCGUCGCCGGCGUCGCCAAGUACCCGGCAAAGGUCGUCCGCCGGGACUCGGCGAGCCACAUUAUGCCCACGCGCUACACGCUCGACGUCGAUCUGAAGGACGUCGUGAGCCCCGACGCGCUCGCGUCGCGUGGCAGGAAGGUCGCUGGCGUGCAAGGAGAUCAAGGCGCGGUUGGAGGAGCGGUUCAAGUCCGGGAAGAACCGCUGGUUUUUCUCGAAGCUCCGGUUCUGAGGGUAUGA